AUGAAAAGAAGCAGCACUUUACAAGAUAUCCCUAAGUUUAUUAAUACAGCAGUUUCCCCUGCUGGCCUUUUUGUAUCUAUCACUUCUAAUUCAAUAAGCCAUGUAAUGAGAACCACAAAAGGGAAAGAAAAACUACUAGCCCUAGCCCAAUACUCCUCUGAGCUUUAUAAACUCACUAUGUUUGACUACUUAAAGGCAAACAAAAUCCAAGAAUGACCAAUAAAAGUCAAAAAUUUCCACGAAAUCGAAAAAUCUAUGAAAAAUGGGCGAAAAUUGAUGAGAGUCCUUAUGUUUUUUGACGAGCUCAACGUAAUUGAAAAAAUUUGGACUACAAACCGGACGCUUGAUUUUGUAAAAAUUUUGAGAAUUCUGGCACAUUUUGCUAGCACUGUUUAUUAUAUUCUAGACAACCUAGUUUGGCUCGCUGAUAUUGGAAUUAUAAGCAAAUUCAUAUCUACAGCCAAUAUUAGAUGAAAAGACACUAAAGACAUUUCUUGCAUAGCAAGGUGCAUACUACAAUUUACCAUUGAUUUUAUUACAGCAAUAAGAACUAAUAAACAUAUUAAGGCAGCGACUGAUAUCCUUCAAGAAAAUUCGACAAAAGUGAUUCAUGAGAAAGGAUAAAUAAAUGGCAUUCAGUUAGAGAGAAAUUAGCUCUACUAAUUUUCUCUCCCUCAUAAAUUUUUAUUUAGGCUCCUUCUCGAGAACUUCUGCACAGCAACAGCAGCUUAACUUUGGGAUAACCAGAGGAACUGCUGCUCACAGUGCAACCAAGAGGCUCAAAGUUUUACCUCUCAGCACAUCUGAGGAGAUGACCCUUUAGGCGGAACAAGCUCAGGAGCUGAUUGAUGGCAUUGCGCUGGAUGAGAAGCAUUGGCCAAGGUGGCAGGCCGUUUAUUUGAGAUACCGGCCUUUUGGAAUAGAAAUGCUUAUGACGUCACCAUUUUGACUCUGUCCUUUUAGUGGAGUGCAGCGUUAGACACUUUAAAAACUUUAAUUAAUGUAUGGAUGAUUCACGAGAAAGAUGAAAAAUAUCAGAAAUUAGUUGAAAAUUUAAUUGAUUGCAGACGUGAACUGAGAUUUAAAAAAAUCGAUAUUAUUGUUACAAUAUUAAGAUUCCUCAUGCUUGCAAAAGCUCUAAAUUUUCCAUGGACGAAAGGGAUGAGCCAUAUUUUCGUAGCAAUCUGUGGGGUUUGUUCAAAUUCUUUAUCAAUAUUCAAUAUUUUGAUAGCUGAGCCUGUAGUUAGAAUUGAAGCCAAACAAGCUCCAGAAAGCAAAGAUAAAAAGCUAAAUUUAAUUUCUUAA